AUGAUAAAGUUUUGUGUAAUUCUAUUUUUCAUUGUGAUACAAAGUCUUGCAGCACCAUACAAAUUAUCAAAUGGUUGUGGUUACGAUUCAUGUAACUUGGGUAAAUCGGAUAAACUUAAUGUUCAUAUUGUCGCUCAUACACACGACGAUGUUGGUUGGUUAAAAACAGUUGAUCAAUAUUAUUAUGGAUCGCGUGGACAAAUUACUCGAAAAGGUGUUCAAUAUAUUCUCGAUUCAGUUGUGCAGGCAUUGGUGGAUAAUUCCGAUCGUCGAUUUAUCUAUGUUGAAAUGGCUUUCUUUUGGCGUUGGUGGAAUCAACAAUCGGACGAUAUGCGUGAAACAGUCAAGCGAUUAGUCAAUGAAGGUCGUUUGGAGUUUAUUUCGGGCGGUUGGUCGAUGAUUGAUGAAGCAACAACACAUUACAAUUCGAUUAUUGAUCAACAUAGUUUAGGUGCCGAAUUCUUGCAUGAUACAUUUGGUGAAUGUGCACGACCAAAAAUUGGCUGGCAAAUCGAUCCGUUUGGUCAUUCACGAGAAGUUGCUUCACUCUUUGCACAGGUUACAUUUGUUCAAAGACCUGAUAUUUAA